AUGCCUCCCAAGUCCUCUGUCGCUUCCAAGGCCCCUGCCUCGCAGGCCUCCAAGGCCCCCGCCGCCGCCUCCAAGGCUCCCGCCAAGGCCGCGAAGACCUCCUCUACCAAGGAGGGCGGCAAGAAGCGCACCAAGAAGCGUGUCGAGUCGUACUCUUCGUACAUCUACAAGGUCCUCAAGCAGGUCCACCCCGACACUGGUAUCUCGAACAAGGCCAUGGCCAUUCUCAACUCGUUCGUUGCCGACAUCUUCGAGCGUAUCGCUACCGAGGCCUCCAAGCUCGCUUCGUACAACCACCGCUCGACCAUCUCGUCGCGUGAGAUCCAGACCGCCGUCCGCCUCAUCCUCCCCGGAGAGCUCUCCAAGCACGCCAUCUCUGAGGGCACGAAGGCCGUCACCAAGUUCACCACCAAGUAA